AUGACGGACAAAGCGAGCGAGGGAGGGCGCGAUUUAGAUCUGGAAAAGGAGUUGUCAUGCUCGAUCUGCACCGACGUCCUCUACCGGCCACUGACGUUACUCGACUGCCUUCACAGUUUCUGCGGAAGUUGUUUGAAAGAAUGGUUCGCAUGGCAGUCUUCGUCGAAGAGCCAUGUGUACUCAUGCCCAGCAUGUCGAGCUGUCGUGCGCGACACCAGGCCGAAUGCGACCCUCAGCACCCUGCUUGAUAUGUUUCUGCAGGCUCAUCCUGACAAAGGGAAGACCGCUCAGGAGAAACUGGACAUGGAUAAGACGUACAAGCCUGGAGACGAUGUUAUACCACCAGUAGACCUGGGACAGGUAUCAGACGACGACGAAGAUGAGGAGGAACAACAGAUGCUGGCUCAGGCGCGCGAACUGAGUCUCAACGACGUGGGUCUUGGGAACCGCUCAACUCCUGCAGAACAUCAGAGGCAUACACGCCAGAAUCGCCGUCGCGACGACUCGCCACGAUCAGCCCAAGUCGACGCUCUGUCGCAUCAGUCCAGUAUACGCUCGCUUCUGAGCCAGUCAGAUAUGGACUUGGGUGACAUGGAAGAUGAGAUUAUGCGUCAUAUCAUUGAUCAUGGCCUUCUGGAUGGUGUCGAUCUCAACAAUCUGACUCCAGACCAAGAAGACGCCAUCACUGACUCCAUCGCACGAGCAUAUCGUUCUCGCCGCCGUCAAGAUCGCCGUGAUCGUCAUCAUGAUCGUGACCGCUCUGCUGCUCGUCCCUCUCCACGAACAUCUACUCAUCCCCAUCGGUAUUCUCCUUCAGACACAUCCUAUAGACAUUCUCCUUCAAAUACAUCCCAUCGUCGGACUACUUCAACUACCACGACACUUAGCCAGCAUGCCUUGGCCUCUGUCGAGAGUCAACUCUCACCAGCCAGACGCCGUGCUGCUUCAGCCCAUACCUCUCGUCGAAUCGAUACACCAGCCGAUCGGCACCGCCAUCUAGCCCCUGAUUCGCCUUCACGGCCUUUGAAUCAUAGCUCGCCUGCUCUUCCCGUCCUCCCUCAAGAACAGCAGGUGACGGAUGUUCCUGCUCCUUCUAUCAUUUGUUCGAGAUGCGAGAAACCUGAUAUACAAUACUCGCUAUAUUACAAUUGUGACAAGUGCUCCAAUGGCAACUUCAAUCUGUGUCUUGGGUGUUACCGCGCAGGGAAAGGCUGUUUGAAUUGGUAUGGGUUUGGUCGUGCCGCUUUAACUCGCUACCUUACUCAGGCAGCCUUUAAUUCUGACCACCCAGAUCACGACCCACCUCAUGUCUUGUCUGCUAGACGAUACGAUCAAAACACUGCACGCCUAGAGUCAGGCCUGUUUUGUGAUGGAUGUCAAGCAUUUGCGAAUACGUGUUACUGGCAUUGCUAUACAUGCAACGAUGGAGCAUGGGGUUUUUGCAAUGCCUGUAUCCAACAAGGCCGACAUUGUAUUCAUCCACUAACCUCUGUAGCGCAUGUCACGCAUGUGUCAACUUCUUCACAACGACACUCGCCGUCCGAGCUAUACCCAUCGCCUCUGACACCGACUAGCUCUGCCUUUCACUUUAACGUCCCUUCAGCGUCUAUACCUCUGCUUCCACACGUGCCGGAUCCAUCUUCCUACACUCCGAUACCCCUAUCUUCCUACUGCGAUGUGUGUCACUAUUCUAUCCCUCCUUCGCACGCUCGUUUUCAUUGCAACACAUGCAAUAAAGGUAACUACGACAUUUGCAACUCCUGCUACCACUCGCUCGUCAACACGGGCAAGAUAGCCCGAGAGAAUGGACCUGCGGGCUGGCGACGCUGCCUACGUUCACAUCGCAUGAGUAUCGUCGGAUACGAAGACAGAGAAGGCGGAUCUCAUCGCGUGGUAGUCAAAGAAAUGGUCGGCGGGUGGGCUCUCAAGGACGACAUGACCACCAGGGCCACAGCCACAGGUUCAUCCCCACAGCGCCAGCACCAAGACCACUGGCGCUGGAAAGAAGACGACGGCACUGCCAAAACCGUAGCGUCCUCAGCGAACCUAUUCGUUUCUUCACCACAUGCAUUCCCACCUUCUGGGGGCAUAGGACUCAAAGUUCAAGCUUUGUGGUCUUACUUCCCCAGCGAUGAGGUACAAGAUGAACUCCGUUUCCCGCGCAAUGCGAUAAUUACCGAGGUGGAGGAUAUCAACGGGGACUGGUUCUGGGGGGUAUAUUGUGGAGGCAAAGGACUGUUUCCGGGGAAUUACGUUAGGGUCGUAUGA